UUUUUCUCAGGUAUGUCUUCUUACUUAUUUAUGCUUUUUUCCUCCUUGGGCAGGACCCUAUGCCCAGAAAGAGCAAAUGCCCAACAGCAGCUCUGUGAGCGAGUUCCUACUCCUGGCAUUCGCAGACACGCGGGAGCUGCAGCUCCUGCACUUCGGGCUCUUCCUGGGCAUCUACCUGGCUGCCCUCCUGGGCAACGGCCUCAUCCUCACCGCUGUAGCCCGCAACCACUGCCUCCACACCCCCAUGUACUUCUUCCUCCUCAACCUCGCCCUCAUCGACCUGGGAUCCAUCUCCACCACUCUCCCCAAAGCCAUGGCCAAUUCCCUCUGGGACACCAGGGCCAUUUCCUACUCAGGGUGUGCUGCACAGGUCUUCUUUUUAUUCUUCUUGUUUGGUUCAGAGUAUUCCCUUCUCACCAUCAUGGCCUACGACCGCUACGUUGCCAUCUGCAAGCCCCUGCACUAUGGGACCCUCCUGGGCAGCAGAGCUUGUGCCCAGAUGGCAGCAGCUGCGUGGGGCAGUGGCUUUCUCAAUGCUGUCCUGCACACGGCCAAUACAUUUUCAGUGCCCCUCUGCCAAGGCAAUGCUGUGGACCAGUUCUUCUGUGAAAUCCCCCAGAUCCUCAAGCUCUCCUGCUCAGAUGACUACCUCAGGGAAGUUGGGCUUCUUCUGCUUAGUGCCUGUUUAGGUGUUGGCUGCUUUGUUUUCAUUGUGGUGUCCUAUGUGCAGAUCUUCAGGGCCGUGCUGAGGAUGCCCUCUGAGCAGGGCUGGCACAAAGCCUUUUCUACAUGCCUCCCUCACCUGGCUGUUGUCUCCCUGAUGGUCAGCACUGCAACAUUUGCUUACCUGAAGCCUCCCUCGAUCUCUUCCCAUUACCUGGACUUGGUGGUGUCAUUUCUGUACUCAGUGGUGCCUCCCACAGUGAACCCCCUCAUCUACAGCAUGAGGAACCAGGAACUCAAGGAUGCCUUGAGGAAACUCUGGAUAUGUGCCUCUUCAUCAUUUAUAAUGGGCCCAUAA